UAAAAUGUCGAAAGAAACUACGUUUUCUGCGGUACCUGUCCUUCCUAAAGAGUUUCUAGUUGGCUGGGGAAGAAACGAUAGUGGACAACUAGGAUCAACAAUAGAUGACGAAAACCAACAAGUGAAUAAAGCUCAAGUGCUUGUUGAUUUUGGAAUUGCCGGAGAUGUCGUUCAGAGUAUUGCUUGUGGAUUUUCUUCUACAGUCGUUUGCUUUAACGACAAUAGUCUAUAUGUGAAUGGUGGUAUAUAUAAUCAAACUGCAACCAACAGACAAGAACCUAUCCGAAUACAGUCUCCUUAUACCAGAGAAAGAACACAAAGUAUUGCCUGUGGAGAAGACUUUGUCAUACUUGCAACUCAGAGUGGUACUCUAGUUACUUGGGGAGGUGGUGCUUAUGGUCAACUGGGACGUGGAGCCCCAAUGGACUGGAGUGGACCUCAUCCAGUUAAGAACUUGCAGAAUAAAAGAGUUGUCAAAGUUGCUGCAGGGGCUUUUCAUUGGUUGGCGCUAACAGAUGCUGGACAAGUAUAUUCCUGUGGAUUAGGAAGACAUGGUCAAACUGGUUUAGGGAAUUGUGAGGAUGUAUAUGAACCUUGUCUCGUUGAGGCUCUAUGGGCACAACCCGUAGUGAAUAUUGCUGCAGGAGAGAAUCAUUCCAUCGUUAUCACAAGUACAGGAUUCGCUUUUGCUUUUGGUUCCAACAAAUAUGGUCAGUUGGGAAUAUCAAGACAAAGAUUGCCUGAAUCAGAAACAAGAGCAGAACUACCUCUAAGAAUAUAUAUGCCACAAGAAUUGGCUUCAGAACGAUUUCUUGCUGCAGCUUGUGGUACUCAUCACACGUUGUUUCUUACCUCAAAUGGUAAGGUUUUGGCUUGUGGUUCCGGUCAAGAUGGAGUUCUAGGAAUAGGAAACAAUAAGGAUGAAGUUUGUCUAGUUGUUAUUUUCAGUCUAUUCGAAUACACUAUCGUACAAAUUGCUGCAGGUGCAAGACAUUCUGCUGCUCUAUCUAGUCAAGGAGAGUUAUUUCUUUGGGGUUCCAAUGAACAAGGACAACUAGGCUUUGUAGAGCCUACUUGUGUAUUUUCACUACCUACUCAAAUGGAUACCAACAUUAUUUUUAAAGACUCUUUUGAAAAAGAAGAGUCAUCUUCAUAUUUCUUUUUGAAAAUAGCGACUGGUGCUUAUCAUACAAUUGGUUUGAUUGGCAAAGAAAAAGAAAAGUGUGCAUCUAGUCCUUUUGAAAUCUAUCCAAGCUAUUUGAUGAACCUGACAAGCAUGCAGUGGUCUUCUGUACGUGACUUGUUACCUUUGCAAAAGAGACUUUCUGCAGCAUCUAUAUUUAGUCAUUCGUUUCUAUAUGGUACAGUUACGGGUACAGACUCCUCUGAAAAACAUGGGAGAUGGCGUUCUAUUAAUCCUUAUAUAUUUCCUUUUAUCAAUUGGAAUACUGCUAUAGGAAAGAAUAAUAACCAAGUUAACGAGAAUGCUUCUUAUGUACAAGACUCCAACUUAUUGACUUCCGUUGUGUCGAAACCAGAAUUGUUUAUUCAGGCUACUGCAGUGGAAUCCUUCUACAAAGAGUUGUUGAGUGUUCAUGGUUCCAAUGCCGCAGAACUACUAACUUUUAUUUCCAAGGAGAUUAUUUCUCAAGCCGAAAACAUGUUGACUUUCCGUAUAAGAGAGAAAGCGGAACAAGGAAACCAUUCCACAACUGUCGCUAUUGAAAGCACUGGCUCUGAUUUAAAGAGCAAAGUAUCUUCUCGUCAAGGUACAGGAAAACAGCUAUUAACUAGACUAUGUCUUAUCAUUGCAAGUCUCAAGUUGGGAGCACAACGUAGAAUAGUAUCUGCAGUUAGUCGGUUUCCAGCAGAACUGGUUGCUGUUCGACUGGUCCGUCCUUUGCAUAGUAUUAUUGACUCGGAAUUGAAUGAAGUUCGUCGAAUUACAGAAAGGGCUAUAGCUGCUACAAGAGUACUAGGUUUGUUCUAUGCAGCAUCCGAACUAAACGGUUGGCGCUAUGCUAUCUUACCUCGACAGGAAUUCUAUAAUCACUCAGUGAGUGACUUGGUAGAUUUGAAGGAGGAUUACAACCGUUGGCUCUAUAGUAUGGAAAAUUCCAGUUCUGGAAAAUCACUUUUUUCUUUUUGUGCACAUUCCUAUGUUUUAGAUGAAGCUGCGAAAGCCAGAGUAUUGCAUGCAGAAGCAAGAGAAGCAAUGAAGUCCGAAGUUGUUCGUUCGUUAUGGAUGAACUCACAGGCAGUCGUAGUUGGUCCCUGGGGAAUUCCAUUUAUUGCAGGGACAGAUUCUCCCUAUUGUUAUUUGCAUGUUCGAAGAGCUAGUCUAGUGCAAGAUGCAUUGAGUGUGAUAUCCAAUGCAGAUCCUCGAGAGUUGCGAAAACCUUUAAGAGUUGUCUUCUUAGGAGAAGAAGGUGUAGAUGAGGGUGGUCUUCAAAAGGAAUUUUUUCAGUUGAUUACUGCGGAACUGUUUUCUGCCGAUUAUGGAAUGUUUGUAUAUAAUGAGAAGACUCGUUUUCAUUGGUUUCGAGUCGAUUCAUUGGAAGUGGAUGAUAACUUCAAGUUGGUUGGAAUUAUUAUUGGAAUGGCAUUAUAUAAUGGGGUUAUCUUGGACCUCCAUUUUCCUUUGCUUGUGUACAAGAAGUUGUUGAAUUGGUCUCCUGAUUUGGAUGAUGUGAAAGAAGCCUUUCCAGAGAUUGGCAAUUCUCUGCAAGCCAUGUUGGAUUAUGAAGAAGAUGAUAUGGAACAAGUGUUUAUGACUACCUUUGCUAUACAAUACGAGUUCUUUGGUGAGCUCCGUACUUGGGAGUUGGUUCCUGGUGGCAUUCAAAUUUAUGUCAAUCAGUCCAAUAAGGAAGACUUUAUUCGGCGUUAUAUUGAAUAUUUGACAGAUGUAUCUAUUCAUUCACAGUUUGAUGCCUUUUCGAAAGGGUUCUUUUGGAUGCUAAGUGGUCCUGCUCUCAAGAUAUUUCGACCAGAUGAAUUGGAAGUAUUGGUCUGUGGGCAGAGACAUUUGGAUUUUGAAGCUUUGAAACAAGUUACAGUUUAUGAAGGUGGUUUUAAUGCCGAAAGUCAAGUUAUCAAAUGGUUUUGGGACAUUGUGGAUGAAAUGACUUUGGAAGAAAAGUUGCAUUUGUUAUUUUUUGUGACGGGUUCUGAUCGAGCACCUGUUGGAGGUUUGGGACAAUUGCGAUUUGUGAUACAACGUGCUGGUCCUGAUACUGACAGACUUCCAACAUCACAUACUUGUUUCAAUAUAUUGUUAUUACCUGAAUAUAGUAGCAAAGAGAAGACACGUAAUAGACUUUUGACUGCUAUUCAGAAUGCUCAAGGAUUUGGACUGCAGUAGUCUUAAUAAAAGCAGUUGUUCUAUACCGAAUUAUGAAAGCUUAACAUACAAUAAUGCAGCAAACCAAACGUGCAACUGUGCAAAACAAGUGACUUGCUCUGGUUGGGUAAUGUCGUAUAUUAUUAUUCAUAUU